GAUGUAAUUUGAAGCAAAGGGUGCGUAACUAUAUGGCACUCAACAAAAUGAUAAUAGGUCAGCUACCUAUAGCUAGGCGCUGAAAAAUAAAUAUCAACUUGUCAUUAAGGCACUGAAGAGAUAACGAUACUCACCUGAUUCUAUAUCUUUCUGAGGCACGAUAUUGGUCAAGUGGACAACAGAUCUAAACACCAGAUAGCACUUCAAAACAAAUCUAACCAUAUUUUGACACGAUCAUGGAUUCUUGGAGCCACAUUCUGCGUCUUCUCGUGAUCGUCGUCGCCGUCGUCAUACCUUCAUCUGAACAGAUCAGUGUCGAUGGAGGUCGAGAUCGUCGGGCUACCCAACUGGAUGAUGCUCUGGAGUUCCUGACGGAUUAUAAUUCGACGGCAGAGAUGGUGUACUCUGCGUCUUCUUUUGCUAGCUGGGCUUACAGUACCAACAUUACAGAUUAUAAUCAAAUGAAAGAGGUCGAAGCCAGUCUGAAGGCAGCAGCUUUCAGUAAGAGCUCUGCGAUGAGGGCUCGCGAGUUCGACGACGUCAUUGAGACCUUUCCAGAAGAUGUUCAACGUCUACUUGGUUCUAUAUCCGACAUCGGAGUAUCUGCGCUCGAUAACGAUACCGUACAGGAGUACAACGAAAUCAUGGGUGAGAUGAAUAAGAUAUACAGCUCCACUCCGGUGUGCCGGGCUGACGAUCCUUCAGAGUGUCUCAAUCUUGAGCCGGGUCUCGGAAAUAUAAUGGCGACCUCUACGGACUGGGAUGAACUCGUCUGGGCUUGGAAGGGAUUCCGUGAUGCAGUAGGGAUACCAAACAAACCUCUAUUCGCGAGAUACGUGGAAAUUGCUAAUCAAGGAGCCGUAGCUAACGGAUACGAAGAUCUUGGUGACUCCUGGAGGUCUGGUUACGGUGAUGACCUUGAAGAUCAGGCGUACGAACUCUACAAUGCUAUUCUUCCUCUCUACAAGCAGCUCCAUGCCUAUGUCAGACGCAAGCUUAACGGGGUCCACGGAUCAGAACAUGUCCCCCUCACCGGCCAUAUGCCUGCUAAUGUUCUAGGUGACAUGUGGGGUCGUUUCUGGACGAACAUCUAUCCCCACGUGGUUCCAUACCCUGACCUACCGAAUAUUGACGUCUCUGAUGAAAUGGUCCGACAGAAUUACACCGUAUGCAAGAUGGCUCGUAUGGCAGAUGAAUUCUACAGCUCCAUGGGUCUAUUUCCGGCCAAUGAUGAAUUCUGGGAAAAUUCCAUGUUAGAGAGGCCUGAUGGCAGAGAUGUGGUGUGCCACGCGUCUGCAUGGGACUUCUACAACAGAGUAGACUUUAGAAUAAAGAUGUGCACUGAGGUUAACAUGGACUACUUCUUGACGCUACACCACGAGCUAGGUCACAUCCAGUAUUACAUGAAUUACAAACACCAGCCAGUGUCCUUCAGGGGUGGAGCUAACGGUGCUUUCCAUGAGGCGAUAGGGGAGGUGAUGUCGCAGUCAGUAGCCACGCCCAAACAUUUAAAGGAGGUCGGCUUGUUUGAUGGCGAGGAUGACCCAACAGAUGUGACGGAUACGGACAUCAACUUCCUGCUGAAGAUGGCUUUACCGACCAUCGGAACCCUUCCUUUCAGCUUAGCCUUGGAGCAAUGGAGAUGGGAUGUAUUCAGUGGGAAAACAGAUGUGAAUGCUGGUACUGCCAGAUGGUGGCAACUCAAGAAUGAUCUGAUUGGUGUCAAAGCUCCCGUAGACAGAACAGAAGACGAUUUCGAGGCCGGUGCCAUGUACCAUAUCAUCAUAUCGUAUCCUUUUAUUGGAUACUACAUUCGGACCAUCAUACAGUUCCAGUUUUACCAGUCUCUGUGCCAGUCCGCCAGUCAUACAGGACCGCUCCAUAAAUGUGACUUCUACCGGUCAACAGAAGCAGGCGAGAAAUUGGCAGCAAUGUUAUCGAUGGGGUCGAGCAGACCCUGGCCAGAAGCGAUGGAGGCCCUCACCGGUCAAAGAGAGAUGAAAGCCGAUGCCAUCUUGGAAUACUUUCAGCCUCUCAUGGAAUGGCUUGAAAAAACUAAUACAGAGAAUGGAGAUGUGAUCGGAUGGGAAUCGCCAACAGUGACCACUCAAGAGUCUACAACAGCAGGAGGUCCCUCUGCGCUAGGGAAUGCCAGUUUGUGGAUGAUGUGUCUCUUCGCCGUCAUUUCCAGCAUCAUACAUGGAUAUUAAAGCAAUCAUCU